AUAAAGUUAUAUAUAGAACCCAAAGUACCCCCUACACCCCACCACUAAAUCAACUAAUCAAGAACAUAUUCCACAAAUAGAAAAUGAACAGCAAACAACCAAUGACUUUAGAAAAUAAUCGCCGUAAAGAGGUGGAAGAUUUCGACAACACCAAACUCGGUGUUAAAGGCCUAGUUGAUUCAGGCAUAACUCAAAUUCCUAGCAUCUUUCACCACCCACUCGACACCCUUUUCGAGCUCGAAUCUCACCACCUUGAUGGCUAUGAUCACCUUAUACCCGUGAUCGACUUAUCGAGCACGCAUCCGGAGGUGGUAGACCAGCUCCGCGAUGCCUCGGCUAAGUUCGGGUUUUUUCAGGUGAUCAACCAUGGGAUCCCUGUUUCGUUGCUUGACCGCCUCAUUGAGGCGGUCAAGGCCUUUCAUGAGCUCCCUGCAGAGGAGAAGAUUCGGAACUAUGGACGGGAAUCCAUAAAUGGCGGUAAAGGAGUUGGGUUUCACUCAAAUUAUGACUUGUUUCAUUCAAAAGCUGCGAGCUGGCGAGAUACUUUACAAGCUCGGUUGGGUCCUAUACCUGUUCAUCCUGAUGAUAUUCCUGAAAUUUGCAGAGAUGAAGUGGUAGAGUGGGAUAAGGAAGUGAAGCAGCUAGUAGAGAGAGUGAUGGGACUCUUGUCGGAAGGUUUGGGUCUAAGCGAUGAUAGAUUGAAGGGCAAGUCUUAUUUGGGAAGGGUAGGCUUUGCAGGCCACUAUUAUCCUUAUUGUCCAGAGCCAAACAAAACAGUAGGAAUUUCUGCACAUACAGAUCCUGGAAUUCUUACAGUGUUGUUGCAAGAUCAAGUGGGUGGUUUACAAAUUAAAUAUGACAACAAGUGGAUUGAUCUCAAACCAGUUCAUGGUGCUCUUGUUAUUAACAUCGGCGAUCUGUUUCAGAUGUUAUCCAAUGAUGCAUACAAGAGUGGAGAACAUCGAGUUUGCGCAAAUCCCCAUCAGCAACCACGAGUGUCAAUUGCUGUUUUUUUUAGCCCAGGCACAGAAGAAGAUUUAUAUGGACCCUUGACUGAGUUAGUUUCAUCACAUAACCCAGCGUUAUAUCACCAAAUUAAGUUUUCAGACUUGGUCACCAGAUUUCUUAACACCGAGCUCCGGGGCAAGAGCAUGGCUAAUCACUUUCGUCUUAAUACCCAAAACCACCCACAUAUAGUAGUAGUAUUCAACAUCAUGUUCACCAUGACAAGCAACAAGAAUAGCACAGAGCUACAACAAGUAGAUAAUCAAUACAACCGUGUUGAAGAGCUUGAACAAUUUGAGAGCACCAAACUAGGAGUAAAAGGACUAAUUGACUCAGGCAUAACACAUAUCCCACGUCUUUUCCACCACCCACCUCAGACUCUCUUUGAUCAUCAUGAACCUCAACAAUCCGAGGUAAACCAUGACCUGAUCAUACCCGUGAUCGACCUCUCAGGCAAGCACGAGGAGCUAGUAAAGCAGCUGAGAGACGCAUCGACUAAGCUCGGAUUCUUUCAGGUGAUCAAUCAUGGUGUUUCAGUCUCUCUGAUGGACCGCAUGCUUGAUGCUGUUAAGGCCUUUCAUGAGCUGCAGCCACAGGAAAAGAUGCGGAUGUAUUGCCGAGAUACAGUAACUGCUGGGAGUGGAGUUGGGUUUUAUUCCAACUAUGAUUUGUUUCGUUCUAAAGCUGCGAGCUGGAGUGAUACACUUGCAAUUCGUUUAGCUCCUAUUCCAGUUGAUGCCAAUGAAAUCCCCGAUGUUUGUAGAACUGAGGUGAUAGAGUGGGAUAAGGAAGUGAAACAGCUCGGAGAAAAACUCAUGGGAUUGUUGUCUGAAGGGUUAGGCUUAAGUUCUGAUAAGUUGACAGGAACUUCUUAUUUAGGAAGAAGAGCCAUGGUCGGCCAAUAUUAUCCAUACUGUCCAGAACCUGAUAAGACAGUGGGUAUUGCUACACAUACAGAUCCUGGCAUUCUAACAGUGUUGCUGCAGGAUCAAGUGGGUGGCUUGCAAGUAAAGUAUGAUGGUCAUUGGAUUGAUCUGAAACCACUUCAUGGCGCGCUUGUUGUUAACAUUGGAGACUUAUUACAGGUUAUAACUAAUGACGAAUACAAGAGUGGAGAACACCGUGUAUUUGCUAAUCGUUUUCGUACACCACGAGUAUCAAUCGCGGUGUUUUUCAGCCCGGGCAUGUAUGAGAAUGUGUAUGGACCUUUGCCUGAGUUGGUAUCAUCUGAAAGGCCAGCAUUAUACCAGCAACUGAAAUUCUCAGACAUGGUUAAGAGUUUCUUCUCAAAGGAAUUAGACGGCAACUCCAUGACGAACUACUUUCGAUUGUAAAUUUGUGAUCUUGGGUUUAAUAUUGUCAUACUUGUAAACUUAAUUAUUUAUAAGGGUACAAUGCUAAUCAAGCUAGUUGAGUUUAAAGUAGGUUCAUUGUACUGUACUCAAAUCAAAAUAGUUCAAGUUGAGUGUUGAUCAAGUGGAGUUAAUAGGAGUCCAACUUUCACUUAGGCCUUGUUUGGUUGUAUAUAGGAAGUUAUACUUCCUAUGAAGUUAUUUUUUCCAUGUAUUUGAAAUUCCUAGGAAGUGUAAAAUUGUGUUUGGUUGAUAAUGAGAAGUAGAACUUAGCUUCCUAGGAAGUACAAA